AUGGGGGUAUCCACACAGGGCAGUGCAGGACAAACGAAGCUCUGCUUGCCCCGCCUCGUCUCGUAUUACUCCCAGGGCCGCUUCCGCGGCAUCCGACUGUGUCUCACAAAUCGAAUGGGAGAGUUUGUCGGACUCGACAUCAUAUCAACUCCAACACUACCUUAUGCAAGUACGGCGCUCGAUCUCGGUGGCAUGAACAACAUUGUUGUACUAGUUCCUUACGUCAGGAGCGUCAAGGACGUCUGA